ACGACCCACACAAAGACAAGUGAUUCUAACAUGGACUUGAAGUGCCGAAGACGAGUUUCCUACAAGAGGAGAUCAUCCACAGGCUCCCACGACAAGGAGCGACGCCUCUACGCCUCCUCAUCGACUGAGGACAGGAGAGAGUCAGCUGAGGAGGGCGAGGAUGAAGACAAGGAGGAGGAGGAAGAGGAGGAGGAGGAGCAGAGGCCCCUGUGUUCCGGUGUGCUGGGCUACCCGGUGGUCAGGGACCACAGCUUGGGUCUGGGACUGAGCAGCGCUCCGGAGGGCCCGGCUGGAGACACCACACAGAACCAGGAGUAUAAAGAGCUCCAUGCUGAGGACUGGGUACGUCAGCCUCCCAGCGAGGCUCCAGAUAGGUCGGCUCCGUGUCGACAGACGCCGGCCGGAGAGGACGACAGCGACACAGACCUGACCUACGGAGAGGUGGAGCAACGUCUGGACCUGCUGCAGCAGCACCUGAACAG